CAAGCUUCUCAUGAGUCCAUUAAGAGGAAGUAGUGGUGGAGUCAAGAGGGGAAGGGAACAAACAGCUUGGCUCUAAAGCCUUCCCAGCUCAUUGUGGAGGCCUUGGAGAAGUUGGCCUUGUCUGGCUGUCAGGCCUUGCUGAGGUAGGCCCAAGGGUGGAGUCAACUUCCCCACUUCCUUCUAGCCUCCCAGAGACCAGUGACUGCUGUGACUUCUCCAGCUUGAGGCAGAGCCAGUAGGACCCUACCUAGCAAUUUCAAGGCGGAGCAGAGAUGCUUGAGUCAGUGGGUGGGGUCUGGUUACAGGAAGUUCAGACUUUCAAUUCCUCCCAAGAGCAGAGGAACAGUGGUUUGAGCAGCUGGAAUUUGCACACCCCAGCUAGACUGCCUGAGACUGGUCUGCCAUAAUGCUGUUAUUUUCCAUGGCUUUGCUGGGUCUACUAGCUGCCCAGGGAAUGGAAAGUGGCUGUCCUGAGAAUGAUUGUCCUCACAAAAAAUCUGCCACUCUGCUGCCAUCCUUCACGGUGACGCCCACUGCCACCAAAAGCACGGCAACACCUACAACCAGCCAUGGACCCACUACCACCAACCAUGGAAAUGUCACGGUUCAUCCAACAAACGAAAGCACCACCACCAGCCUUGGACCUACAGCUGUCACUCUGAAUCCUGCCAAUGUCACCAGCCAGGGAAAUGCUACAGUCUACCCCACAAGCAACAGCCCUGCUACCACCCCAGGAUCCACCAGUCCCUCCCACCCAACACCACCUCCACCCUCUCCAAGUCCUAGCCCAGGAUCCAAGGGUACUAUUGGAAACUAUACAUGGACUAACGGUUCCCAGCCCUGUGUCCAGCUCCAAGCCCAGAUACAGAUUCGAGUCCUGUAUCCAACCCAAAGUGGAGGAAAGGUCUGGGGUAUCUCUGUACUGAACCCCAACAAAACCAAGGCUCAAGGGGGCUGUGAGAGUGCUCAUCCCCACCUGCUGCUCUCAUUUCCGUAUGGACAGCUCAGCUUUGGAUUCAAGCAGGACCUGCAGCAGAGCCAGAGAGUGGUCUACCUCAACUAUAUGGCAGUGGAAUACAAUGUGUCCUUCCCCAAAGCCAGAACGUGGACAUUCGUGGCUGAGAAUGCAUCCCUUCGAGAUCUUCAGGCACCCCUGGGCCGGAGCUUUAGUUGUAGAAAUGCAAGCAUUGUUCUUUCUAAGGCUAUUCGUCUUGAUCUGCUCUUCCUGAGACUACAGGCUGCUCAGCUGCCCCAUUCAGGUGUCUUUGGGCCAAGUUUCUUGUGCCCCAGUGACCAAUCCAUCUUGCUGCCCUUCAUCAUUGGCCUGACGCUCCUUGGCCUCCUCACUCUGGUACUUGUUGCCUUCUGCAUCGCCCGAAGACGCCCUUCCACCUAUGAGCCCCUCUGAGCCCCUCAUUUCCUCACCAUGCAGCUGACUCAAAAGACAGAGUUAUCUUCCCUCUAUUUUUGGAAGAACAAGAGCUUCUGCAAUGGAAAGGGGGUGGGGGGAUAUGUGCUAUGUUUCCCCUCUCCCCAGGAGAAUAGUAAAACCUACUCCAAUCUUUGUCAUUGAUUUCUCUUGUCUUGCCAGGAUUAAAAGUCAUGAGUUUCUUGUCA